UGCCAGACGCUCAGAGCCAGAAGAUUCCUGCAGUGCAAUCCAGAAGCACUGUAACACUCACCUGUCUGCAUACCUGUCGUACUGAUCCAGGGACCUGUCUGACCUCACAGCAUCAUGCUCACCAGGAACGUGGUUCUUCUGUUCUCUCUGUUCAUCCUGCUGGUGAAGGCAGACCUCGACUCCAAAGAUGCUGGAAUUCAAGCCAUGUCGACAGACAAAGACUCCACAUCUGAUGAAGCCCCUACAGAGAGUAUGAACGCCGUCUCUCCUGAUCAGCCCGAUGAAUCCCAGUAUUAUGGAGGAGGACCUUCAGAUACCAGCAGCUCCAGUUCAGAGACUGCAGAUGCUCCAGCAGCCAAUCAGGUGACAGCACCUGAACCCGCAGCUGCUGCAAACAGUGAGGAGGAUGGAGAUGAUGAUGAGAACUCCGACUCCGAAGAAGGAGGGAAGAAAAAGUUCAGCUCUCGCUCAGCCAAACCUCAGAGCCCUGCCAUCCCGCCACAGAGCCCUAUCCUUGUUAUCCAGAGCCCCGUCCAGGCCCCUCAGAGCCCCGUACCCCCCCCUCAGCCAAUCAUUCCUCAGCCCAAAGCUCUGGUGAGAAACCGAGCGGCCAAAAGACGAUCCAGGACCAACCGGCGUCAGAUAUAAGACAUCAGCGCACACACAGAACACACACAUGUAGGUAUGAAAACACUCGUGUGAACACAUAAACUCAGAUAAACACACGUCAGGAACACGUUUCCUCAAGCGGCAGACGCUUUUUUCCAAAGCGACUAACAUUUGAGGAACAACAUACAAGCAUCAGUAAAGCGAGAGACCUGCCUUCAGUCUGAAAAACAGCUUCAUCAGACGAUUUAGAGAAAGAAAAUCUUUUCUGACUCAAUGUUCAGUCUGACUUGAGUUUCUCUUAAGUCUUCAGUUCAGAGCCACUCUGGCCCCCGAUAUGUUUCAGUGUUUGAAUUGGGCCCCUGGACUCCCUGCAGACCUCAGCUCAGUUUAUUUGCUGUUAUGUUUUUCACUUUCACUCAGUCACAAGUUCAUAACUGUACACCAACAUAUUUAAACAACAUGAUGUUCACGUGUCCUGUUUGUUACUAUUGUCAUAUUUGAAUAAAG